GUUCCUUUGACAGCGCGAGCAAUGGCGUCAGUUCGGAAUUUGCGUUUUGUGGUGUUGUUGUAGUCUAUUAUUGUAGAUUUUUUAAGUGCAAACCUUAGUCUUAAGUUUAACCAAAAAACCAUGUUAUUUUGUUCCGAAAAAUUGCCAAAAAGCUGCCAAGGUUUCAUUUUUACACUUUGCAAAACCUCCUAAUUACCCUCUGUUCAGUUUUAAUGCAGAUGCGUUUAACGUAACAAAUAAAGUUUUUUAUGGGUAAAUUUAAAACCUGCGAAAUAUGAGUGACGAGGGCAAGGAGUCCCACAAGUCCUUGCCUCUGGAUUUGGCCAGGACCCAAAUAACCACCGUUCGGACAGUGGAAGGGAAAGCCCCCUUGUUGAUGACGAAUCAAGGCUUGCGUGGAGUGCGUGUCCUGACUCAGGGAACGCCACCAAACUCGGGCCAGGCUUCUUCCAACGCCCAAACAAUAAUCACAACUAAUAUUGUCCCCACCGUGUUUAAGCCAGAUGCUGCAAGGACUCAAAUUGCGAGUAUUUUGACGACGAGUCAGCCGCAAUCGAGUGCUGCUAACAUCACUAUUCAAAGACCCACCCAAAUCACCCUUUCGACAACUCCGGUGGUACCAUGUGGUACUAAUUACCAUGUCCCACGGGGGCCCGCAGUCGUGGCGAAUUUGGCGGCCCCUCGCAGCAACGUGGCGUCGGUGCGCGCCCCCAUGGUGGUCACGGCGCAAACAGGCGGCCAGGCGCACGCAUUUGUGAGGCCCCCUCGUACUCCGAGCCCCGCUCAGGGCACGGCAUGGCUCACCAACACGUCGAACGGGUCUCAGAUUAAGGGGGCAACGACUGUGUUGAGUUCACCAGUGCGGGGUGCAAGUGUCACCGGGAAGCCCCAACUUGUCUCUCGGUCACAAGCCGGGCUUCAAAACGUGUCAACAAUUCGUCCAGGAACGACAAUUUUGCAUUCAGCUAUCACGAUUGGACACUCGUUCAAGCCUGGACAAAACGCGUCCGGGAUUCAGGGAUUAGGCAAUACUGUGACUAUAGCACAGGUACUUCCGUCGAGGACCCAGGCUGUGGUUUAUAGUGCUAAUACUAGUGGCCAGUUUACGGCAACACCCAGACUUACAGUGUCGAGUUCGGCGCAAAAUCAAAGACAGAGCACUGCGGCUAGACCUAUGGUAACGACGGCACGUUUGACGAUUCCUGUUAAUGUUACGCAAACUGGGGCGCGGUUGGUGGCCCCCCAAGCGACUGUUUUGACUUCUGGGGCUAGGAUCACUGCUGUGUCUCAAGCCUCGACAGUGAUCGGUACUACACCGAAUAGAAUUGUGACAACGCAGCCUAAUGUUACGAUAGGGCGAUUGUCUGUGGCUGCAAGUCCGGCACAAGUCUCAAACUCCAAUAUUAUCGGCCAGACCCGGACACUUAAUCUUCUUGCUGUAGCUAAUCCUUCGCAGCCUAGAAGUGUGCAUACGCAGCAAGCUACUAAGGUUAUAACGCAACCUGCUCAAGGUGCCAUUCAUUUUACUCCAAUAUCAGCCCCUGUGAAGACGACGCAAACUGUCGUCACGGCGGCUAAUCGAACUGUUAAUGUUCCAGCUGCAAUAGUUAGUCAGAGGCAACCAGCGGUUGUUUCUUCGCAAACUAUACCAAUAGCUAAUGUGUAUUCUCAACAAGGCGAUAAUCAACAAGGACAAACUCCAGCCAGUGUUUUUAUUCCGUUGUCGUCUGUGCCUAGGAGAACCUCUCCAAGUCCUACAAGUGCACCCCAAACCAGCAUCAACACAACAACUAGCAGCGUAACAACAUAUUCGCUCGCCGCAAGUUCGUAUUUUUACGAUGGCCGUUCUUUCGGCCAACAACCGACAUCUUUCACCGCUCUUCCACAAUCCACUCAACAAAUACGGCCAACGUCUCUAAACACACAAGUCCACGGUAUUGUGACCAAUCAACAAAUGCGCUUUAACCCAGUCAUGGUAGUCGACCAGAACCGUACUCAACAAUUCCCCACCCAAUCGGCGGCGGAGCUAAAUUCGGAACAAUCCCAAACCGUUCCAACCAAAAUGACAUCGUCACCACGUCCCAGCAUUCUACGAAAGCGAGACCACGAGGGGUCGCCCCUCAAAGCGGCCAAAAAUCUAACUCCGGUCCUGACUAAUCUCACCCAACAGCCGCUACCGUCGAUUUCACCACCUUCGAGGCCGGAUUCACGAGGAAAUGGACACAGUUCUGGCGGAAGUACGACUAUUUCUGCAACGUCCAGUCCCGGAUUGGCCGAAGUGAACGAGGAUAGCAUGCCCCACGCCCCCAUGAAUAAGGAGGAGGAGAACGUGAAGCCGCCCAUGGAGAUGAGCCCAAGGAAAAAACCCAGAAAGCAGCAAUUGACUGGGAGCAAUGAUAUUGAUGAGCAUAACGAUGACAUGCAGUUUAUAACUGACAGUUCGCUGAAGAAGGAGCAGGAGGACUCCGAUGGGAAUCAAAGUGAUGAGCCGAGAGAUGGCGCUCCGGAGGCUGGGCAAGUGACUACGGUUCGGAAACCGGCCUCUGCGAGUCUGUUGAAUAGUUAUCGACAGACUUGGAAGGCUACACACAACCACUAUUUAAGGUAUUCAGAUGUGAGGCCUAAAGACGAGCGGAGGCCUACCAUCAUGGACUUGGCCAAUCAAUACAGAGUGCAAGAAAAAGUGAACGGAUGGAAGAUUUAUCAUCUUUCGACUCAAAUGGAGGAUUUGGCCGAGCAAGAGCAACAAGUCUACAACCAGUUGAAUGAGCUGCUUAAAAACACCGAAUCUCAAGAGGAGCUAGAUUUUGAGAAGGAUAUAAACCGAAUCAACGAACUCAUCAAGGGUAAUUUACAGAGAAUUAAAAUUAUCAACGAUGGAAUGAUUGAGGCGAAGACCCAAAUUAUGAAGAUCUUCGACCAUAAGGGCCAUGUGACCGAUAUAAUCAAUAGAUGUGCCAGUAAACGUAACUUCAAGAAACGAGAUAAAUCGUAAAUUAAGUUUGUUGUGAUUUUGUGUUUUUUGAUCUUGUGCUUUUAUAAUUAUCGACAUUAGGUCAAAGAUCGAAAGAAAAAGUAGUUUUAUACAAUUCGCUUGUAUAUUUUUCUGAGUUUUCAUUGUAUUUAUUUAUUUGAUGUUGAUAUUUUGAAUUAUAAAAAGAUCUAAAAGUGGACAAAUGGUUUUGUAAUAAAUAAAAGUGUGCAGGUUUUGUACACGGCUUGUAUUUAUAUUAUUGCAUCCAUUGGUGGAUGAGACAACUUUUCCAGUGAACCUACUGUUGAUGUUUGUAAUAAAGUUGUUUUAAAUCUC